CAGCCAGCCGUCCAUUGGUUUCUCAGGGUUUGAACUUCAAAGGACUGGACACUCGCCCAAGAAAGGGACCCCGGCCUGACCUCUCUUGGAAUUCAGAAAAGCUGAGGUAGACAGGAGAUGCGGCCCAGCUAUUCUCUGUGCGUUUAGAAUCCAACCCACCCUGUUUGCGCGCCCGAGUCACGAGGAUCCAGGGCAAACCUCCAGGUGGAUCCUUAACUCAAGAUUUUAGCAUGAGGGGUUUCUUUCAGGGCUGCCCUGGGUCUCCCCAAGUAACAACAGACGUCUCCGCUGCCACCAUCCACCCGGGAUGCCUCAUGUUUGCUGGGAGCCAUCCCUCAAGAGUCCAGCUGUCAUGUUUUCAGCGUGGCUCUGGAGAUCUUGCUGAGUAGAUCGGAGGGGUUUCUGCUGCUGCUGCUGCUGCUUUUUAUUUAUCUAAUCCCUUUCUGUGGACUGGGCCUCGCCCUGCUCCUGCUGACAUGAUGGCCCAGUCGAAGGCCAACGGCUCGCACUAUGCGCUGACUGCCAUCGGCCUGGGGAUGCUGGUCCUUGGGGUCAUCAUGGCCAUGUGGAACCUGGUACCUGGUUUCAGUGCUGCAGAAAAGCCAACAGCUCAGGGUAACAACAAGACGGAGGUAGGCAGCGGCAUUCUCAAGAGCAAGACCUUCUCUGUGGCUUACGUGCUGGUGGGCGCAGGAGUGAUGCUGCUACUGCUGUCCAUCUGUCUGAGCAUCAGAGACAAGAGGAAGCAGCGGCGAGGCGAGGAGAUGGCCCAUGCCCAGCACCAGCCAGGGGCUGGGCCUCAUGUCCAGGAGGAGGACAGCCAGGAGGAGGAAGAGGAAGCUGCCUCAAGGUACUACGUCCCCAGCUACGAGGAAGUCAUGAACACAAACUACUCGGAGGUGAGGGUGGUAGACCAGAACCCGAGGUUGAGCAUCUCUCUCCCCUCCUACGAGUCGCUGACGGGGCUGGACGAGAUGACCCCAACCAGGGCAGAGGUGGAGACCAGCCCAGGGAACCCGCCCGACAGACAGAACUCUAAGUUGGCCAAACGCCUGAAACCACUGAAGGUUCGAAGGAUUAAGUCGGAAAAGCUUCACCUCAAAGACUUUCGGAUCAACCUCCCGGACAAAAAUGUCCCUCCUCCCUCCAUUGAGCCUUUAACACCUCCACCACAGUACGAUGAUGUCCAGAAGGGCCCUGACACCAGGCCGCCCGACUGAAGGGCCCCUCUCCCGGGCCGUUUCCCUCCUGUCUCUAACCCUCCGUCCGCACCAACAGACUGAAUGAAGCCACGUCAGCCACAGAUGAGCGGAGGGACCGGACAUGCACUUAGCAGCUCGGAUGGGGGGGCGGGAUUCUUGGUGUCGGGAGUGACUUGGAUAUUUCACAGGUACAUCCCAAAGCGAUGUGGCCUUGGAACCCACAAGCCCCUGGACCACAUCGAGGACAUGGCACAGCCAUCUCCCUCAUCCUCCCUCGCCGACUCUGAAUCGUGGGUGACACACUUCUCUUUCCAGCUAGGAAAGGCUUAGACUGUGAUUGUUUUAUUUCGCUUCCACGAGGGCUGUUGUGUUUCAAAAAGAAAACAAGUUUUGCAUCUGCUUUCUUCACCAGACACGACUCGGCUUUGUAGUAAAGACACAGAACUGUUUUGGGAUUUAAGUGGUGAGGCCCCAGUGGUGGCUCUUUUAUGCGCCCCUGAUGCCAUCGGUUCCUUGACGGCCUGAGGCCCGAUGAGCUCCAGCACAUGAUGCAUAAGAUAAUAGUCCUGGUUGGUAGUCACUUUAGUAGUCUCUUCUGUGUGACAGCAAAUGACAAAAAAAAAAAAGGAAAACCGUAGGUAAUGUUUUGGAAUGCCUUAUGACUGAGCUUUUUAUAAUAAAAUAUUUUAUA